AUGGAGGACUAUCAGCCAGCGACAGACGAUCUUUUCGAUGAUGACAUGGGCGACCUCUUCGGCGACGAUGGCAAUGACUUCAUCGACAGCAAUGCGACCGGUUUCGACGGCGGCUUCGACGGCGCUAAUGAUGUCCCCAUGCUUCCCGAUGAUGCACCUGCGCCACCGCAAAUGGCCGAUGACGAUGUCGCUGCAGCGCUCAAGGCAUCAGGUGCAGAGUCUCUCGACCAAAUGCUUGGAGACGUUCAUUCGCGACCUCUCGAGCUUGGCGACAAAGCAGAUGAUGCAGUCGACUACGAGGACAUGGAUGACGAUGACCUGCCAGAGGAAGAAGAGGCCACAGGCCAAGACAACGAGAACGCAUACGGGCCGCUCAUGGGCAUCGAAGAGGCUGCGGCUGCAGAUGAUGCCGACCAAGUCGAUGACAGCGAUCUCUUCGGAGCCUCCAGUCCCUUUGGAGGCAAUGAGGAUGUUGAUAUGGGCUCCUUCAUCGAAGCGCCUGCGCCAGUAGCUGCCGCUGAUGCGGUCGGUACCCCCGCGGCUGGAGACGAGGACGACAGAGGCUCGCUGGCUUCAGAUGACGGCGGCACGAAUGAGCUAUCAGCAAUGCCAGAUGCCGAGUCCGGUGACGAAGAAGAAGGCAGACUGUACAUUCUACAGAAGGCAUUGUUCGAGGGCGCUACCGUUCCGGCGACUGAAGAAGAGAACCUCGAGUCAUGGAUACGCUUCGAAUUUCCUGACUACAACAAGGAUGAGACCCCCUACUUCAACCGCCUCUUCCCACCGCCUCCUGUCAAAUGGCGCGACGGCAAGUAUCCAGCCAAGCCUCCGAAGACAAUACGUCCAAACAAGGUCAAUCUAGAAGUUGAGCUUGAUCAGCGCCUCCUAUUCAAUGCCGCAACGGCGCCUGAAUCCGUCGAGCCGCCCAAGAAUCUCGUCCAAGUCCACAAGGUUGAGCAAGAGCGAGACUCUGAUGAUUCUUCUGAGGAAUCUGACGAUGAUGAGCUGCUGCCUGGCGGCUACUCGAUGCAGGAUCUUGAGUUCAUGUGUGCAGAUCUUGACACGUUGUCCCAUGGGGAUGCAUCGGAAGAUGGAUUCGGUGGGUUGCAAGUACAGAUCCACGACUCCGACGAUCUUGGCUUCGACGACUUUGAGCAUGCCCAGAAGAAGCGAAAGCUGGGUCAUAGUCCUCACGAAAUCCUGUCCAUCCAUCGAAUCAAUGUGCAUUCAUUGGACGAUCCAGAGCGGCAGGUUGCAAAAGUCGCUCGCAAGCCGGUCCUGGACUUCAACGAUCCCAAUCUCCUCAUCGAAGAGAUCGAUCCAGAAACCGCCAAGCUCAAGACCAAGUCUGGCGCGAAAGAUCGUGGCGUUCAGACAACAGCCAGCAGACUCGCCGGUCGCUUCAACCUAUCCAACGAUAAGGACUACGAUAACCUGCAGCUCAACGCGCAGCAGAGCCAGCGUGGUCAACUCGGUAACACCAAGGUCGAUCACUCGAUGCCAGCUCUGCGAUUGCAGUAUCCAUACUUUCCCGUCCAGCUGUCGGUACCUGAGCUUCGCCACUGGCAUAGGAAGAAGAUGCUCUUCAAGGCCCCAUUCACAUUCUCCAAACCUAACAAGCAGAAGCGCAAGAACUUCAAGGGUAAGGCAACGAAAGAGAUCUACAACGAGACCAAAGACCUGUCGAUGGGCGACAACUCUACUGCUGUGCUGUUCGAGUACUCCGAAGAGCAUCCCUUGAUGCUGUCUUCCACAGGCAUGGGCAACAACGUGGUCAACUACUACCGGAAGAAGACACCAGACGACACAUAUCGGCCCAAACAGGAUAUCGGAGAGCCGACUGUACUCCUCAACGAGGAUGCUUCGCCAUUCAAUGUCUUUGGCCAUGUUGAUCCCGGUCAGGAAGUUGCUGCCCUACUGAACUCCAUGUAUCGCGCACCCCUGUUCAAGCAGCCCCUCAAGAACCAGGAUUUCCUGAUUGUCCGCGAGACCACCGGUCUGGAAGGCACCCGCUACUACCUUCGGAAUGUCAACAGCUCAUACGUGGUCGGACAAGAGCUUCCCAUAAGACGAGUACCUGGUAUCCACUCACGAAACGUCACCACAGCCAGCAAAAAUCGACUGAGGGCCAUUGCAUACCGACUUACUCGCCGACGAAAGAACAACCGCAUCCGGGUCGAGGAGGUCACUCGCCACUUUCCCGACUCCACCGACAUGCAGAAUAGGCAGAAGAUGAAGGAAUUCAUGAGCUAUAACAAGGAACACAAGGUGCGUGCCCCCAGAGCCCCCAAAUCCCUACCCUGGAUCAGACAUACUCUCAAAGAUGUCGGAUUCAAACCCGUAUAUGGAACUCCUGCUAAUUGGCGUCUUCAGGAGUGGGAAAUGGCUCAAGGCCAGGUCCUCUUCACCGAAGAACAAAUCCAAGGCCUCAUAACCCCCGAGGACAUUGCUACGCUUGAAGCCAAGGAUGUUGGCGCGCAGUACCUCCGCGAUGUAGGCUACGCUGACGAUGAUGCUGGCGACGAUGACGAAGACAAGGUUGGAGAACCCUUCGAGCAGUCCAUGGCUCCGUGGAAGAUCACCAAGAACUUCACCCUCGCGCAAGACAACAAAGCUAUGCUCAAGCUCUAUGGAGAAGGCGAUCCCUCCGGCCGUGGCGAAGCGAUCUCAUUCCUCAAAACUUCCAUGAAAGGCGGCUUCCGAACCAUGGGCGGCGCCAUCAACGACACUGUCCUGUCCAAGAAAGAGCUCGGUGGCCACACCUACAAUGUCGCGAGGCAAGAGGCCGACUACAAGGACGCCCUCCGCCACAUCUGGAACAAGCAAUCAAGUGCUCUGUCAUCGCGCGAAGCCCCUCCCGAUCCGACCCUCGAAGGCGACGUCGAUACCCGCGAGGACAACCGACAGAACAACCGCGCUGCCUCCACAGGCACUCCCGAUCGCCGCCGCAUCGAUGACGAAACAGGCACGUCCUUCAGUCGACGAAGCGGCACUAGCCAGCAAGGCCAGAAGUGGCUCAAGAUCACUCGUAGAGUCAAGGAUGGAAGCGGAUUCAAGGAGCUGACCGUCACCGAAUCCGACCCCGAUGUGAUCAAGGCUUACAUUCGGCGCAAGCAGCUGCACGAAACUGCUGUCCUUGACAUCAACAGUCUCAAGCCAACAGGCGACGCCGACGUUGACGCCAAAAACCAAGAGCGGUAUGAAAUCGAAAACCUCACAUCCCCCGCACCUCCAACCUACUUCCUCAAAUUCCUCCUACUAACAAAGUCCCCUCUCCUCAGCCUGCAAACCGAACUAGCCCGUCUCGAAGCAAACCAAGCACGAAAUAAGAAGCGCGCGAGCAAGAAGAAGGCUACCACUGCCAACCCCGAUGGCACGAAUCCCGACGGUGACGACCCUGGCUCGCCCAAUGCUGGCUUGGCCACACCCGGUGGAGCCGGCAAAGAAGUGAAACCCACUGUUCGCAAAUGCGCCAACUGUGGGCAGGUGGGCCACAUCAAGACAAACAAAAAGUAUGACCCCAAUGCUCCUAAAUGCUCAGAGUGUGGACUCAGCUUGGCUGGGGCGCGAGCACAGAAAGCUCAGGCUUUGCUGGCGCAGGCGACUGGAAAGGCGCUGUCUGCUUUCUCGAGCUCUACUUUGGGGCUCGGGACGUGA